GUUACUGAUAGUGCAACCAGUAGCUGAAAGUGACAGAGUGUAAGUACUACUGCGUCAACCAACAUCCAAGACUGACUUCUAGUGUCACAGUCUCCAGCUCCCACUGUGGCCUUGAUGAGAGAUCUGUCGGAUUUAUCGUCAGAUGAUGAGGACUUCAACCUUGCGAUAACGGCUAGCCUUGAAACUGAACAAGCCCAAGCCACUCUGACUCAAAAUGUCUCUGUUAAGGAGAUCCUCUUGGAGUUGGCUGAGAACAUCUCACCAAAUAAUCGUUUUAAAUUCAAUUUAAAUCGAUCAGCAGUCUUGGAUGGUGCCUUCCGAGGCUUCAAGCGGGCAACGUACAACCCCAAUGUCACCAUGAACAUUAAGUUUUCAGACGAUCUUGGGCGGAAUGAAGAAGCAGUCGAUUUUGGAGGACCAAAGAGAGAAUUCCUACGCCUGCUGAUGGAAACUUUGGCGAUGAGCCCUAUGUUUGAGAGGUCCCAUUCCAGUCAGAAUUUGGCACUUGACAUUCCAGCAAUCAGAGAGGACCACUAUUUCCUUGCUGGAAGAGCAAUGGCAGUCAGUCUGGUCCAUGGAGGUUCUCCACCAACUUUUCUCUCCAAAACACUGUUUGACUGCUUGGUUGGAGGCAGUCAUACAGCCAAGCCAGUGCUACAGGACAUUGCAGACACAGACAUCUACAAUCACAUGAAAAAGGUGUCAGAAAGUUCCACAUACGAUGACCUCCUUGCUGCAACUCGGCAGAUGCAAGAUUACUUGGCCAAUGCCGGAUGUCUUCGACCAUUGAGAAACUUUGAGGACAAGGAACAGCUUGUUCAUGAUAUCCUCAUGUUUCAAGUUGUGCACCGGGUUCAAGCCCCAUACCAAAGGUUUCAAGAGGGGCUUAAAACUCUUGGUGUGUUGGAGAAGCUCCAGAAGCAUCCAGAAAGUUUCCGUCUCCUGUUUUGCCAUCACGAAUCCACACCUACUGCCGAAGCAAUGGAGGAUCUGUUCAGCAUCCUUCUUUCUGAUCAAGGAAGCAACAGGAGAAGAGCAGAGGAAGCUGUAGUAUCCUUCUGGAGAGAUUACUUGCAAGAUGCAGAGGAUGAAGAGGGUCCUUCCAAACUUUUUAAAUUCUUAGUUUUGCCACUGGAGCGACUGCAGUUCCGCCCAUAGGCUUCAACGCCACACCAUCGAUUGGUUUCCUGCACGAGGAGGAGUAUGGAGAUACGGCUGUAUCAAGCCUCCCUAUCGCCAACACAUGCAUCAACUGCCUGAAGCUGCCUUUGCACAGCUCUUAUUCUGUUUUUAAAGACAAGAUGGACUUUGCGUUGGCCAACACAGGGGUUUGGCAGAGCCUAAGAGGCUAGGAUUAGUCUUGGUGUUUAUAGUAGUUCUGUGAAAGUAACAUUUUGUUGUCGUAAUAGUUGUUCAUAUAACUUUGUCCAUUGGUUUAUGGAGAUGAUGUGCACAUUAAAACACAGCUUGUGAUUGGCUUAAAAAAAAUGUAUUUUAGUCUUACUUGUAAGAGUAAUAAUGUCAGAUUGCACUGAUUCUAUACAUACUGUAAAGACUCCCUGGGACCUGGGCUUCUCCAGUCAGCAAUCCAGGAGAGCGCUAUGGUGAAUCUGCCGAACUGAAUGAAACUCCACCUACUGUCUAAGGGGCGGAGCCUAUAAAUAGGUAGUUCACCUAGCAGUCCACCCUUUUGCACUCCCUGCCAGGACUCCAGAGUAGUCCUGUCUCCGUGUUAUGUCCUGUCUCCUCCAAAGUGUGUGUCUUCUACAGUUAACGUGAGUGGUCAUGUCAAUCCAUCAUUUGUUUGUUUCUUUUGUAUGCCUUUUGUGGAGGUUUGGUGACAUGUGCUUUGUUGCCCUAAAUCCCUUUGUUCCCAGACAUGUGCCAGGAGCCAUGUGGGAUUGUUUGUUUCUUGUUCAGCACCAUUUCUUUUGAGUUGUGGAUUGUGUCUUCGCACACGAUUAUCGUUUAUUGUUUCAUUGGAUUGACCACUCCGUUACCCAAUCGUAAUUGUAUAUGCCUCUUUGUUUAUGUUUUCUGAUGCAGCACACGGAUAAUAAACUACUGGUAUUGCAUCAAACCUGCCUUCUCCCCUGCUUCAUGUUCUGACCACACUCCUUGCCGUUCGAGCCUUCUGACCAAGGCUCUGUCUGCUCACCUACACUCACUCCCCCCGAACCACAUCAUCCAUUCACCCAUAC